UCUCACAGUAAAGUAGUUGCCCACCACAUAUACUAAAAUCUUGUACCAGGAUGUUAGGUAGAGUAGGACAGUGUGUCACCUCCGGACCCCCACAGAGACUGGUCAGUAAGAAGGGAGCGGCCCGCACCAGACCGCCAGGAUCCCAUUGCGGCUGAAGCGAUGCCGCAUGAAUCAGGAUGCCAGAAUGGGAGCCAUUUUCAUGCUGUCUGUUCUCAUCUGCAUAACCUUUGGACAAGCCAUGUCAAGGUGUGUUCUGACUGAAUAUACCGUGUUUGUGGAGAAAAAGGAGUGUGCAUAUUGCCUUGCUAUCAACACCACAAUCUGUGCUGGAUUUUGCAUGACAAGGGACCCAAAUCUGAAGGAAGGUCUUCCAAAAAGCAUUCUUUCUCAGACCUCCUGCUCAUACAAGGAAUACAUUUACAGAACUAUAUCUCUCCCAGGUUGCCCAGUGCAUGUUAACCCCUUGUAUACAUAUCCUGUCGCUAUUAGUUGCAAGUGUGGAAAAUGUAACACCGACUACAGUGACUGUAUUCAGGAUAUGGGUAAAAUGAACUAUUGCACAAAACCAAAGAAGUCUCAUGUCAUUGCUUCUUUCAAUUACAUUGCGUAGAAAUGUGUUCCUUAAGCGCAUUCAAAUAUACAUUUAGAUUUAUAUUUGUUUAGAAUAGCAACUAAAUCUAAUCGUCAUUAUUGCAUGAGGCGUUCCGUAGCGAUAAAUAUUUUUAGGUUUACGAUAUAUAUUUGAAAGAUCUUAACCAUAACACAGUGGUUGGGAAAAAAUGCAAAAUGUAUACUUUUAUAAUAUAUUUACAAGCAAAGCUAUUACUGUAUGUAAGCCAAUUUUCUAGCCAAUGUUCUGAGAAAAAUAAAUGUUAUUAUAAAAUAUCUUUUUAGGCCUUCAAAUAAAUGCAUGUGCACAAAAUGUCACCGAUAUAUUGUUAGCUCUGCUUAGUAUAUAUACAAAUGUAGCCCUUGUAUAAGUACCGCACGCUAACCGAUUGCGCCACAGGGCCUUUGCAAAAUGUAGCCUUUGUAAUAGCAACUUAUUUAUUAAUAUACCGGGACACAAAAAUCAUUCCAUAUAAUAUGACAACUUCCUUUGAUUUAUAGAUGUAAUUUAAAAUAUUGUACCAUCUGGUAUAUGGUUUCUACAUUUGACACUUCCUCUGCCAAACACAAUGCAUUUUAACACAUUUUAAUAAAGCUUUGUUGUGAUACAUAGAAACUUAAUGCUACUUACAACAUGUCUGUGAAUUAUUUCUACACAAAGCCACAUCCCAUUGUAUAUAACAAAUCACAUGGAUUGCAAUAAAAAAAUAAUCUACA